UGACGUCUCUUCCGCCGAAAGACGAGACAACUUCCGUCUUAGGUAACCAAAACAAACAUGGCGACGUACAGGCAGAUGGGCAGGUUGUUGGGAGUCACAGCAAGGCUUUCACGCCCCAGUCUCGCAGUCAGUGGCUAUCAGACUGCCGCAUUACACUGGCCUUCACGUAAUACAGCGGUCCCAAACAGAUGGCCACAAAAUCCCCAUUGGGUUGUUCCUGGAAGGACCAUGUUUGUGCAGACCCAAGACACACCCAAUCCAAACAGCCUAAAGUUUCUGCCUGGUCGCACGGUUCUUGAAACAGGGACUAUGAAUUUUGCCGGCCCUCGUGAUGCGCACUGCUCACCCUUAGCCAGACAGCUAUUUAGGAUUGAGGGAGUCAAGAGUGUCUUCCUGGGACCGGACUUUAUUACCAUAUCAAGGUCUGAUGAAAACAUGGAAUGGAGAGUAAUAAAGCCUGAUGUAUUUGCUGCCAUUAUGGACUUUUUUACCUCUGGACUUCCUGUGGUAAAUGAGGACAGCACACCCAGUGCAGAUACAGCACCAUCAGAUGAUGACGAUGAAGUAGUUGCCAUGAUCAAAGAACUGCUGGAUACUCGAAUAAGGCCAACAGUGCAGGAAGAUGGAGGUGACAUUGUGUAUCGGGGAUUCGAGGACGGUGUUGUAAAACUGAAGCUGCAGGGCUCCUGCACCAGUUGUCCCAGUUCCAUUGUUACCUUGAAGAGUGGAAUCCAGAACAUGUUACAGUUUUACGUCCCCGAAGUUGAAUCGGUGGAGCAGGUGAAGGACGAAGACGAGGAGGAGGCUGCUCAAGUUUGAACACCACUGGAACGUAAAGUGCACAUUCCUCCCUUCCCUGGCCUCCUCUACUGCACGCCAUAAUUGCAAUAAAAUUAGAUGGUGCGUAGCAAAUCUGUCAUUAUCAUUCAUCGAGAUUAUAAGCUUCGAUUUGUUGGCAACUUUCUAAAGGGGGGACUGAAGAGCACAGAAAUAAGAACUGGUGACUGUCGAGCUGCAAUACAUGUAUUAUUUAUCAUUAAUAGGCCUUUUGAAUCAGUUACUAGUUAGCUGUAAAAGGCUUAAAAUGCAUAUUCUGUAUGUUUAUAUUAAAGAUUGUUGUAAUAUUUAA